AAGUUCUUUCUCUCUUUGUGUCCGGACAACCUCAGUUAUUCUAUCACAUCUGUCAGCCUAUCUAAGUGUCGCACCAAGUAUUGAUUAGCUCUCUCCUAAACGACCGUUUUUUCUCCGCCCCGUUCAUCUGACCUUGCAAUUCACCUUCCAACGGCUUCCCUCUAAACCUAUCCAGGCUAAAGCUCCCCCCCUACGAACCUUAGUGGCGCCCAGUCUUCAUAUACCCACCCAACCAACUCCACAUUGUUACCAAUACGGGUCAGCUCACCCACCCUCAUCUUCAGAGAAGACUUCUUAUCGCUAUCGUUCCAUCUUAUAUCAAACGAUAGCAGUCAACACAAGCUGGUUGAACUUGACAAAAACAUUGCUUUGUGGUGUGAGCAUCUUAUCAAGUAACAUCUCCCACGUGGAGGAAUUGCAAGACCCAAAUAGCACUAGUCCAGAGCUCUCUAAGCUGCUUCUUUUGUCCACACAAAAAAAGUCAAUUGUUCAUCCAAUUGCAAACCUCACACCAAAGAUGACCACCGAGUUUCUUUCCUCUUCUCAAGUCAAUGACUUUGACUAUGUCGUCGUGGGUGGCGGUACAGCAGGAUGUGUAAUCGCCAGUCGGCUUUCGGAAUACCUUCCUCACAAGAAGAUUCUUAUGAUCGAAGCAGGCCCAAGCGACUUCAACGACGACCGCGUGCUCAAGCUAAAAGAAUGGUUAUCACUGCUGGGGGGUGAGCUCGACUAUGACUAUGGAACUACAGAACAGCCCAAUGGUAACUAAUUUACAAUCCGCAAUCUCAUGAUCCGAGUAUCUCAAAACUAACUCAUCUCCAGGAAACUCGCAUAUUAGACAUUCUCGCGCCAAAGUCUUAGGAGGUUGUUCCUCUCACAACACCCUGAUCUCUUUCCGGCCUUUCGAAUACGAUUGCCAGGUAUGGGAAUCUUUGGGGUGCAGAGGUUGGUCCUUUAAGACCAUGACCCGACUCAUCGAUAACCUACGGAACCAAAUUCAACCAGUCCACCACCGACAUCGAAACCAAAUCUGUAAAGAUUGGAUCAAAGCCUCUAGCACCGCUAUGAAAAUUCCCAUCAUUCCCGACUUCAACCUAGAGAUCCGUGAAAAGGGAGCUCUAGAAGAAGGUGUAGGCUUCUUCUCCGUAUCCUACAACCCAGAUGAUGGACGACGAAGUUCCGCAUCAGUAGCUUAUAUCCACCCUAUCCUCCGUGGUGCUGAGAACAGACCGAAUCUCACCAUUCUCACCGGGGCCUGGGUCUCCAAAAUCAAUCUUUCUGGAAAGAAAGUUACAGGAGUCAACCUCGCUCUGAAAUCUGGUAGUAGACUCACGAUUUCCCCCAAAGCAGAAACCAUCAUCUGCGCGGGCGCAGUUGACACUCCCCGUCUCCUUCUCCACUCUGGAAUUGGUCCCAGAGAACAACUCACCUCACUCGGUCUCAAAUCCCUCCACCAUCUCCCAGGAGUUGGAGAGAACCUCAUCGAUCACCCAGAAUCCAUCAUCAUGUGGGAACUCAACGCCCCCGUCCCACCACAAACCACCAUGGACUCCGACGCAGGAAUCUUCCUCCGCCGCGAAGCACCCAACGCAGCAGUCACCAACACCGAUCCCGUAAUCAAUCCCGCUCAUCUCCCCGACGGAAGGAUAGCAGACAUCAUGAUGCACUGCUACCAAAUCCCCUUCUGUCUCAACACCGCCCGUCUGGGCUACGACGUCCCCCUCAACGCCUUCUGCAUGACCCCCAACAUCCCCCGUCCCCGAAGCAGAGGAAGAAUCUACCUCACCUCCCCCGACCCCGCCGUCAAGCCAGCCCUGGACUUCCGCUACUUCACCGACCCCGAAGGCUACGACGCCGCCACCCUCGUAGCAGGCAUGAAAGCAGCCCGCAAAAUCGCCCAAGAAGCCCCCUUCUCGCAAUGGCUGAAGCGCGAAGUCGCACCUGGGCCCAAGAUACAAACCGACGAGGAACUCUCCGCGUAUGCGCGAUCCGUAGCCCAUACCGUGUACCAUCCCGCCGGGACGACGAAGAUGGGUGCGGAUUCGGAUGAGAUGGCGGUGGUGGAUGCGAAGCUGAAUAUCCGCGGUCUCAGUGGUGUGAGGAUUGCGGAUGCGGGCGUGUUCCCAACGAUGACGAGUAUCAACCCCAUGUUGACGGUUCUGGCCAUUGGGGAGAGGGCCGCGGAGUUGAUUGCGGAGAGUGCGGGGUGGAGGGGGAAUGUGGAGGGGAGGGCUUUGUUGUAGAUGUAUUUGAUGUCAUUGGAUAUUGUUUUAUUUUUUGGAAGUCCUCCACAGGAUGAUUUCGGGGAAGUACUGUAAUGACUUUAGUUGGGAUAGAGAAGAGAGAAGUGAUUGGCGCUUGGAAGGGAGCUGGAAUGGGGUUUACGAAUCCCGAACCCUCCUUUCUCCAAGAUUUGUUCAUACGAUAGAAUGGUAUAGAUGAGAAACAUGUCCUCUUUCAGAU